AUGCAGGGCCUCGGUGAUGAAUUGUGGGGAAAACAGCUACGGGUCAUCAAAAAUCGCACAUUCUCUACUCCCUACCCAGGACACGGCUUCCGUCCAGAAUACAAGGUCAAUCUUAAGGAGAUAGGAUAUGGGGCCUUUCCAGAUCCAGAAUUUAAAAAAGGAAAGGCGGAGAAAGUGUUCAAGGUGCUGCAGGUCAGGUCAGAGCUUCCUUGUGGAACGAGACGGCGACUUCUUGUACAUCAAAAGUAUGAGCCAAUCAAACGCAAUCUAUUGCAGAUUGAGUCAAAGAAAUAGACAAAUGUCAACCCAGAGACUAGGAACCCAAGGAGAGGCUUGAAUCUCGAUUUCAAAAUAGCUGGUCAACCCGGUUCAGGUGUGUAGUAUUUGGAUUAGUCCUUUUCUGACCCCCGUUCUUACAGAUAUACGGGAAAAUAUUUUUUUGUUUCUUACCUCCUGGUGCGCAGGCUUCUGGCUGGUCAACCAACUGCUUUUCGCACCGAUGAUGACGAGUGCUAUUUGUUUGAUAGCAGUUCCAACCGCAUUAAGACCAAUGCCAAUUACCUAUUCGACCUCCCCAAGGAUCAAAAGAAGGGGCUUUGGAUCCUAACAGAUAAGGCACUUGGAGUUGCAAGAUGGAAUAAGAAGAACCACAGUUGGUUUGUGGUGCUGGCGGCCUCGCCUCUCAAGGUGAAAGCUUCAAACCAGUGGAAAAAGAAUAGGAAUGUUGCGUCACGCUAUAUGGGCAACUGGGGAUGGGAUGAGAUUAUAGUAGCUUUCACGUACCAGCUCCUUCUUCCUUCUAAGCAAGACAUAAGCUAACCAAACUAUCUUAUAAUAGUCUAGAAGAGUUCAAGCCCCCUAUGCCAGCCCAAACUGCAAUGCUCUUCACAGUCUUCACAUCUUUGGACCUAAUUGCCAGGACCUGCUUAGACUCAAUCUCCUUGACGGACAACAGUGCCUAUAAUCGUACCUUCAAUGCCUACCUGGACGAAAUAGGCGGUGAAAUUGAUACAUUCAUGGCACAGGAGGGUUUCCAGACAGUAGAGAAUAGUGUACAUCAGCGUACUUCACAUAGAAUCGCUAUUAUGGUUCAGAGCCGUAAUAGGCUGUCAUGCAAAAUCCGCAUUGUUACAAGAUCGAUUGCCCACAAGGCCUAUGAGAAGGCACAGAUGAGGUCACAACUCAUGUGUUUUGAGCUCUACGAUCGGCUCGCCCGCCAACGUUCACUCCGAACUGUGGCCAGCUGGAUGUUCGAGGCAUUCGCACAUGACUGGUUCAGGAAUGCUAGAACUUUUGAGGCUGUUAGACUUCCGAUUGAAGACCACAACACUCCACUCCUCGAAUUUACAACAUCUCGGUCCGAAUCUUCCAAUCACUUCAUGGAUGCCAAAAACCUAGCCACACAGAUUCGGGUGGAGGGUGGCCAGGAUAUCGAACAUGAAGUGAUCGGAAAAUAUUGCCUACCUUAUAAUGCCAACUUUGAAUCGGUUAAUGGACUUGUGUUUAGUGCUUUGGACACCUUGAUUCUACUGCAAAUCACCAUCUCCAAGAGCCAUGAUAUCAAAGCUGGUGGGGUGAAGAAGCUUUGCGAAUUAUUGCCGACUAUUAAAAAUAUACACAUUGUUUUCAUUAUCCCAGAAGACUGUGAAAACGAAUACUCCAGAGCUCAGAGCAUACCAAAAGCUAGAGAUGUUAAACCAAAGGCAAAGGGCCUGAGGAUCAACCAGUUCCGAAUAGCAGGGAGACAAUGAAAUCGAUGGCCCUUGCUGGGCCUUUCAAGGCACUGGACUCGGAUGAGGGUGGAGAUCCGGAUAUAAGUAACAGGGACGAUGAUGGGGGGGAUACGGCGAUGGGUGGCAUACAAUGAGGUGUGAUAUAUAGUGUGCUGGAUGCUAUGGAUGCUAGUUAGUGUUGUGGAUUUUUUGUACGGAUGGCAAUAGGCUUAGUCUUUGGUUAGUGGGGGUGACUUCUGUUUGGAGUUGUUGCUGAAUUCGUAUUUUGUGGAAAUGGCUUUUGCAAUUGCUCCUUCCCACUUUGCACCCUGCCCGGCACUGUGUUAGUCCGUGUAAAGGACACCUUUUUUCCUUUUCUCUUCUUUAUCCUGUGAGGGGAUAUUUUUUCUUGUAAACAGCUUGGCAUAAAAUUGAACUAUGAGCAUAUCGUUCACUGC